AUUUGUAUUUGCAACAUGGAGAUAGGCGAAGAGCUACGAAUAUGGCUCGACGAUAAGAGCAAAACGUAUACAGCGCGCCUGGAAUUCGCUAUUAAAGUGUGGCAAUCACUGGAUUUUGUGUACAUAAACAAACAUGAAGUGGUUUGCAAAUGGAUCGCGGAUACACUCGUCGAAGAGGAGGAAAUGCCCGUGGAACAGCUGCAGCAACUGUUCUGCCUGCGUGCUCAGCCAGGUUUAGUGACCGUUGCUACAAAAUCGGCGCUUAUUGAAGCAGUGCUGAAACGCAUCGAUAAAGCACCUCCUGCCCAGGCCAAGGGGCAUCCACAGUUGCUGAAAUGCCUGCUCAAUUUCGAGCUGGUGCAGGAUGCACUCCGUGCCGACUAUGAUCUGGUCAUGCGAAGCUAUGGCAUACUCUUUAGCUGCUACGAACGACAGUUGCUGAUUGACAAUGAAGAUGAGCCAAAGCCACGGCAUGCGGACUUUAUAUUGCCUGUGUUACAGCAGCUCCGUGACUAUGUGCAGCGUGCCCAGAACAACGAUCGUCUGCUGAAGGCCUAUGUGAAUGGGGCACUGCAUCCGCUAUGCCAGCUCUUGCUGGAGCUGCGAAAGCACGGAUUCUGCUGCUUCGAGCAGCUGGCCGCUUUGGAGGUGCACCUGACGCAGCAUCUGCGUAUACGUGCUGCAAUAAAGUUGAUGGACGAGCAGCCGUUGCAUGUCCAACUGCUAACAUUGGAGUGUGCCCUGGUGAAUCAUCGCUACGACACGGACAAGCUAUACAAGGUGCUAGAUCACAUCUUCAAAUUUAAAGCGCCACAAAAGGCGGACAGUGGUGAAAGCCGUAAGGCUCAACCCAAGGCCACGCCCAAGGAUAACUUCAUAGCUUUAGUGCUGACCACUCAUGCACUGGAGGCACUGCGUCGCCACAACAUCCAGCUGAACUUUCCCGACAAGCUGAAGAAAACGGGCAUCGCCUACAUGGCCAAUGCACUUUGUGAUUUCGUACGCAUCAACCGGGAGCGGCAUCUAGGCAGAGUGCUGCAGAUGCUCUGUGCAGCGCUGCGGCUCAAUCCGAUGCUGGUGGAGCCGCAUAUCUAUCAGUUGACUAUUUGGAUGAUGUGCGCCGUCAAACGUAACGAAGUGGAGCUGCAGCUGUACUCCGAAUAUCUCGUCCUGCUGUUGGACAUGUGCCGACGCCUGAGUCGCACCGAGCGCUUCAUUAUGAUCCUGCUGAAGUCACUGCGCGAAUGGCUGCACAACUAUGAGCUGCCCAACUUUGAGACUGGCAAACGCAUUCGCCAGGAGCCGAAGCCGGAGCCGGAUCAGGAGCCGCUAACCGAGCAGGAAGAAGAGCAACUAAUGAAUGCCUAUGUGCAACUCUUGCUUAAAUCGAAUUCCACUUCCAGUUGCCAAUCAAAUGCAAUUAGCUACAGCACAGAUGCCCUGGUCCAGACCUGGCCAGGCUCAACGGCUGGCGCCGCCUUCAUCCGGCUGGUCAGCCAGCUGAUGUCCAAGCCCUCGAUCGUCAUCUGGAAGAGUCUGCUGCACAGCUUUGCCGAGCUGCUGGAGCCCGACUCGAUGGCCGUCCUGCCCUGCAAUCUGAACUUUGCCAUCGAGCUUCAGGCGACGCUGCUCUCGCAAUAUUUCCUCGGCACCCGGCUGGCAGAGCACUUACAGCAGCAUCAUGUGGAGCUGGAGCAACAGCGCAAGCACACGAUGCAGGUGCUGCAGCGGUUCGGACAGUACCUGCUCUCGCUGGAGCACAACCGGCGCACCAUGAAUGUCUUCCUGGAGUGUGUGGAGCGGGCGAAUAACUUCGAUCUGCUCCUGGCCUACUACUGGCCGGAUGGCUUGGAGCAGCCGCAGUCGACUCCGGCUUUGCCGCAACUGCAGCGCUUUCUCUCCAGCGACGAGUGGGAGCUGAUCCAUCAGCGCGUGCAUAACUUUGGCAAAUCUCUGUGCCGCCAGCGCUUGCAGCGACUCGAACUGCAGCUCACACUGUCCGGCUGGCUGCUCCUGCCCGAUCAGCGGCUGGCGCCUUGUCCGGAUGCGCUAGUGGAGCUGCUGCCACAACAGCUCUUUGGCCACUUGACGCGUGCCCAGAAGGAAAUGCGAUUGAAGCAGCAGCAGCAGCAGAAGCAACAUUUACCCAAUCUUCUGGAGGAUGCCGAGUGCGUGGAGCUGUUGACCAUGCAGCUACUGCAGCAGUUCGUGGAUAGCUUGAAGCUGGCCAAGAUCAAGGGCUGCCUACUGGCCAAACAGAUGCCACAGGCUACAGAUGAAACAGCCCUGGGCGUAACGCUGCGCGAUAGCUGUGAGAGCACAAAGCAACCAGCGCUGCCCGCUGAAUCCACACAGGAGCUAAUUGAUGCACUGCAGCAGCUGCCACUGGCCCAGCUGCAAAGCAGCCUCAAGCUGCGCCUCUGGCUGCUCCUCUUGACGCUCUACCAAGACGUGCGACGCGCCCAACUACUGCAGCUGUCCAACCAGCUGCUCGAACAGCUCAUAGAUCUUUUGCACUUCGGUCAACCUUUGCCGCUGUGCAGCCAUUUGCCGCAGCUGGCGCAGCUCCUGCAGCUGGUGCCGCUCAACAUGGAUGCGGAUGACGCUGCGGAUGGGAAUGGGACUGAGGCUGAGGCCACUGCCAAUGCCACUGCCUGGCGCUUCUAUGAGAUGUUCUUUGCUCGCUGCAUACGUCGCCUGACGCCCGGCAGCGAUCUCUUUUUGGCCAGCAGCGCCGCGCUCUUCCGCGAGCAGCUGCCAGAGCUGUCAGCCUCGCAUUGCCGCCUCCUGCUGCUCGCCAUCGAGACCCUGGCCAGUGGCACAGGCAUGCAGGCGCGACGCAUGCAGCGUCACCUGCAGCCGCUGCUCGAGAUCUAUGGCCAGUUGGUCAGUCACAAGUUUCGCUCGCAGAAAAAGUCGCCCGCCGUCUACAAGGAGUUCGUGCAGCAGACACUCAGUGGCUAUGCCAUUUACCUGAGCAGCUGCAUCAAUCGUGCGGCCAAGCAGCAGAAGGAGAACGUCGACGAGGACAAGCAGCAGAAGGAGAGCAUCGACGAGGCCAAGCAGCAGAAGGAGAACGUCAAGAAGACCAAGCAGGAGCCAAAGCAGGCGAUUGCUGUGCCAGUCAUCGACGAGAACUUUAGGCGCAUUUGCAAGAUCUACAUAGGACAUUCGCUGAAUUACCGCAAUGCCCAUGCCAUACGCUUGCUGAAUGUGGCCUUGACGCACCGGCAGCUGCUGCAUUUGGACCAGGACGAGAUUGAGUUUGUGCUGGACAGCUAUUGGCGGCAACUGAAUAAGGAUAUUGCCGCCAGCUCAGCGCUGGACAUGGCCAGCAUCGAGCCCGCUAUUAAGCUCAUCAUUGGCUACAAGACGAACGAGGAUUUUCUGCUGCUGCUGCGAGGACUCGGCCAGCAGCUGGACGAGAUGCAGCGACCAGAGACACCGGCACAGCAUACGAGCCUGCAAAACGUGCUCGUCCUUAUGACGCUCUUUGCCAAGUGCUCGCUGAGCAGCAUCAAGGGAGCGAUGCUCAAUGAGCAGUUUAAGCUGAUCAACGGCAAUGUUUCCCUGCGUCUGCCAGCGCCCAGUGAUGCCGCCUAUUGCAACCAUGUGCUGCGUCUGCUGGAGGCACAGAGCGCCUUGGCCAACAAUCGCACUGUGCCGCUGAAUGGCGAAACUCUGGACUCGAUAUUGGCCAGCAUGCUGGACCUGAAUAUCAAACGUUUCAUUCUAGCCGGCGGCAGCUGGCUGGACUUUCGGCGGCUGCACGCAACGCUGUCGGAGAACUGUUUGCUCCUGCUACGCCAGCAUGCCGCACUGAUGGCGGAUCGGGCCGCACAGCUGAGCGCCAUCUGCCAGGAUCUGGUGCAGUCGAUUGUAUGCUAUCGCAGUGAACGCCAGCAGGCGCAAAGCCUGACGGAGGACGAACUGGAGGGGCUGGCCGAGCUGGGGCUGAAGCUGUCGACGCUCAUGGCGGGCAUUUCAGCCGGGCUGGCCUUGGCCAUGAAGCGUGUGGCACCGUUUCUGCUCAUUUUCACCAUCAAGCAAAUGAUUGACACCGAAAGACCCACAACGCUCUUCGAGAAGAUCAAAUUACAAGUGGAUCGAUUCUGUCACGAGCUAAUCUCCAUCUGUGACCAUCGCUCGGGUCACUUUAUACUGCGCUCCAGCAGCGAGGCGGGCGCACGCAUGUAUCAGAGCCUCGUCAAGGAGCAUGACAAAUACCACAAGUUCCGUGGCAAGGUUUAAGCUGGAGAGUGGUCCCACAGAGAGUUGAUGCAAGGAGAGAUUAGCAUUUACCGGCUUAAACAAA